AUGAAUAAGAUGAACACGGCCACUGUUGGGCUGGCAGUAACACCCACCGUGCUCUCGACAUUUGUAUCACAUUUCCUCAACCGCAAGCCUCUCCACCAACGCCCGACGGCCCAUCUCUCCUACGAUGAGGGCCUGCACCUCAUCCGUUCAUUCCUGCAAUACGUCUCACACCACACCGUCGAGGAGCUGCAAGCCUUCACAGCCCAAUGGGUGCCGCAUCCGCAAUGGAUCAAGGUCGACAACGUCGCCGUCCCUGCCGAGCAGCUCGAGCACGCCGCCCGCCUCCUCGAAGCCCAGCUCGGCCCAGAGGGCGUCCGCAAGAUUGGCGGGCGCAAGUGGUGGCAAUGGCGGAAGCCCGAUCCCGGCACCCUGCAGGCCGAGUGGAUAGAGAUGCGUUCAGACUACAACGAGCGGAAGAAGAACAAGGACGCCGGCAGGCGGGUCAUGCUGUACGUCCACGGCGGCGCCUACUUCUUCGGAAGCGUCGACAUGCACCGCUACCAGAUGCAAAGGCAUGCGCGGAAGCUCAAGGCCAGGAUAUUCGCCCCGGAUUACAGGCUGUCACCUCAGUUCCCCUUCCCUUGUGGUCUGCAGGACUGCCUGGCCGCGUACCUGUACCUUCUCACUGUGCAGGAUCCUGAGACAAUCGUUCUGGCGGGGGAUUCAGCUGGAGGUGGGAUGGUGUUGUCCAUGAUGGUCACUCUGAGGGAUCAGGGCUUGCCGCUCCCUGCUGGUGCCGUGCUGAUGAGCCCUUGGUGUGAUCUGACGCACUCCUUCCCAUCUGUGGCCGCCGACGCUCCUUUCGAUUACAUUCCGCAGUCUGGGUUCCACCACAAGCCCUCCCCGGCAUGGCCACCCCCCGACGAUGAUGAAUUGAACGAGCUGAAGAAGCUGGCUUUGUUGGAGAAACAAAAGAAACAGUGCAAGGAACCGGAAUCAGAACAGACUACGCCGACAACUACAGAUAUUGCUGAAGCUUCCGGAACACAUCUCUCUCUCGUUAUGGAUGGCGAGACAGUGGAGAUCAAGGAACAAAUACAGAUGUACGCAACCAAUGAGCUCUUAUCACAUCCUCUUGUCAGUCCGAUCAUGCAGGCGAGUCUUGGAGGGCUGCCUCCUCUUCUAGUUAUGGUCGGGGGCGGAGAGAUUCUCCGAGAUGAGCAGAUAUAUCUCGCUCACAAGUGCGCCAACCCUUCCAAAUACCCACCGCCAGAGUCGACUUUAGACGACAGAGGUCGGGCUCAGAUCAAACAGUACAAGCCUACGGACGUGCAGCUUCAGGUUUGGGACGACCUGUGUCACGUCGCCCCAACGCUCAGCUUCACCAAGCCGGCAAAGUACAUGUACCGUUCCGUUGCCCAAUUCAGUGCCUGGGCACUGGCGAGAGCACAAAAGCGGGAUAUCGAUAUCUUGGAUGACGACGACAUUUCGGUUAUUUCUACCUCAAGCUCCGACUCGGAUAAGGAAGAGGUCACAAAGCGAGAUGAGGAAGCCGCCAUGCAGGAAUCCAAAGGCCAAGUUGGCAAGGCUGGUGAUGUGCUGCCACCUUUCAAGAGCCACAUGAUCCGGCAGCGAGUGACGCGGCACGGCGUCAUCUUCCCCCUGGCUCCCGCUUCUGAGCUUCCCGGCUGUACGAUGCCGAGGGAGCUCGUCGGUGUUGUCAAAGAAGGGACCGUGAAGAAAUGGCUCAAACAGAAGAAAGAAUGGGACCACCGCUACGCGUCCACCAAGAAGAAAGUUCAUAAGAAGUUCGUGCGGGACUUAGUCGUCGGAUACGAGGGCUUCGGCGAUGGAGAGCUGCCGCCUCCCAGCGCACUCGCAGGCAGGAGGAAGAAGGGCGACAAGGAGGUGACGGGUGUGGCCAAGCGCGCCAAGAGUUUGGGACUGGCUAUGUGGUCUGGAUGGGGAUCAAAGCACGACAAGAUGACCAUGGACCGGGAGGAAAAGGCGGAGAAAGACGGUCCUGCCGUGGAGUUCACGUCUGCAGACGCGACGGAAGGCGAAGGCGCACGAUCAUUCUCGGAGAUUGGAAGGCAGGGUACCGCGGCACCGACCUCACCGCCUGGGAGCCCGAGAAGCCGUUCUAGGAGAGUGACCGUGAGGGACCAAAGGCAAACAGAAGAGGACGAUGUUGACGAGAACACGAGCGUUGCUGAGCUCCUGGCCAAGAGAGAAGAUAAGGAGGCGAGGAAACCGGUGCCACUGCUGCUCACCCCGGAUUAUACUCCGGAUGUAACGGUCGGCUCAACGGGGAAGCGGCCCUACGUGGACGGCAUAGCAGCGCCAUUCAGCAUAAAGAAGGAGGCGGACACGGCGAGCAUGAUGACACUGACGAGUUACAUAACGCAGGGCGGCGGGCCCACAUCGCCCAGGCUCUCCUCGUCUCGGCCCAUGACGCCUAAUACGCUAGCGGACAGGACAAGCAAGGACCUGGGCGAGCUGGAGAAGCGCAACUCGAGCGUCAACGGCGACCACGACGAGCACGCUGGCAAAGACGUCGUGCCCGCGCACGUCGACGGCGCCACGCCCGCGUUCCAGACUCCCGCGAUGGAGAGGCCGCCCCUGGAGACGUUCAGCACUGCCGCCGAGAACCUGCCGAAGGCGAAGGAGCCGUAUAGCCCGAGUGAUGUUGAUUGA